CGCAGCACAUAAGCAAUUCCAUUCUUGUGCCGUUUCUCGGAAAAGCUUUUCAGUAAAUGCACUCAUGCUGCUCCAGGAGCUCUUCUCUGCAACAAGCCGCCCAUCUGCCAUCAACAAGUUAAGACCGAGGGAACUAACGGCUGCGGAAAGGAGAGACUGAAGCUUUGAUUAACCAGCCGAGCAGUUAAAGGAGGACAAAAUUAAUAACUUACAUUCAAAACUGAUUAAGGGAAGCAGAGAGGACACAGAAAAUGAAACCAAUGCUUUCAAGAGGAAUAUCCUAAGGAAAAAAAUAACUCACCCUGGUGGAUUCAAUUUUGCUCAGAAAGCCUGGGACACAGAAAACAGGAAACUGGUCAAAGGCUCCUGCAUGUUAGAGCCUUUUACAGACUCACUGCGUUGAGUCUAACAACCGCGACUGAAUGCAGCCUCCAAUGUGCUCAGAAGAAUGGGCUUACAUUUCAAGUGGCCAUUAGGGGCCCCUAUGCUGGCAGCAAUAUAUGCAAUGAGUAUGGUUUUAAAAAUGCUGCCUGCCCUGGGUAUGGCGUGUCCACCCAAAUGCCGCUGCGAGAAGCUGCUCUUCUACUGCGACUCUCAGGGCUUCCGCUCAGUGCCAAACGCCACAGACAAGGGCUCUCUGGGCCUGUCCCUGAGGCACAAUCACAUCACAGAGCUCGAAAGGGAUCAAUUUGCCAGCUUCAGUCAACUUACCUGGCUCCACUUAGACCACAAUCAAAUUUCAACAGUAAAAGAAGAUGCUUUUCAAGGACUAUAUAAACUUAAGGAAUUAAUCUUAAGUUCCAACAAAAUAUUUUACUUGCCAAACACAACUUUUACUCAACUGAUUAACCUGCAAAAUUUGGACCUGUCUUUUAAUCAGCUGUCAUCUCUGCACCCAGAGCUCUUCUACGGCCUUCGGAAGCUGCAGACCUUGCAUUUACGGUCCAACUCCCUGCGGACUAUCCCAGUACGUCUGUUCUGGGACUGUCGUAGUCUGGAGUUUCUGGAUUUGAGCACAAACCGUUUGCGAAGUUUGGCUCGCAAUGGAUUUGCAGGAUUAAUCAAACUGAGAGAGCUUCACCUAGAGCACAACCAGCUGACGAAGAUUAAUUUUGCUCAUUUCCUACGGUUAAGCAGUCUGCACACACUCUUCUUACAAUGGAACAAAAUUAGCAACUUGACAUGUGGAAUGGAGUGGACCUGGGGCACUUUAGAAAAGCUAGACUUGACUGGAAAUGAAAUCAAAGCCAUCGACCCGACAGUGUUUGAAACGAUGCCUAAUCUUAAAAUUCUCCUCAUGGAUAACAACAAGUUAAAUAGCCUUGAUUCCAAGAUCUUAAACUCCCUGAGAUCCCUCACAACCGUCGGCCUCUCUGGCAAUCUGUGGGAAUGCAGCCCUCGAAUAUGUGCUUUGGCCUCCUGGCUGGGCAGUUUCCAAGGUCGGUGGGAACAUUCCAUCCUAUGUCACAGCCCUGACCACACCCAAGGAGAGGAUAUACUAGAUGCAGUCCAUGGAUUUCAGCUCUGCUGGAAUUUAUCAACCACUGUCACUGCCAUGGCUACAACUUAUAGAGAUCCAACCACUGAAUACACAAAAAGAAUAAGCUCAUCAAGUUACCAUGUGGGAGACAAAGAAAUCCCAACUACUGCAGGCAUAGCAGUUACUACUGAGGAACACUUUCCUGAACCAGACAAUGCCAUCUUCACUCAGCGGGUAAUUACAGGAACAAUGGCUUUAUUGUUUUCUUUCUUUUUUAUUAUUUUUAUAGUGUUCAUCUCCAGGAAGUGCUGCCCUCCCACUUUAAGAAGAAUUAGGCAGUGCUCAAUGAUUCAGAACCACAGGCAGCUCCGAUCCCAAACACGACUCCAUAUGUCAAACAUGUCAGACCAAGGACCGUAUAAUGAAUAUGAACCCACCCAUGAAGGACCCUUCAUCAUCAUUAAUGGUUAUGGACAGUGCAAGUGUCAGCAGCUGCCAUACAAAGAAUGUGAAGUAUAAUAUCGGCCUGUCAUCAAAAAUUACAUCAGAUAAGUAACCUAUUUUACAUAGUAGGGGCUAAAUACAUACCUAAUUUUUACCAAUGGUGACAUUAAGCCUAAUUUUCCAAAUCAAGUGGAGACUUAAGUUUUUGAAGUGUUGAAAUAUUUUUAAUUUUUUUUAUGAAACCAUAUUUUAAGUGUUAUAUGAAGCAAAGCUCUUAUUAAUUUGCACUCUUGUUGCAAAGUCUAAAAAUGCUUACUUCAAAUUAAGACAUUUCAUGUAUGUAAUUAUAAACUAUUAUGUGUAAACAUUUACACUAAGGUCUCCAUAUGCUAUUUUUUUUCUAUUGAAAACAGUUUGGAAAGAAGCUACUGAGCAGAAAAAGAUAUGGAUCAAUACUUGUUAGAUCACUGCUCUCCAUCCCAAGUACCACAACUGGCUUGCUGCUUAAAAGGAGGCUUAGCAAAAAAAGUUCCCUUAUAUGAUAAUUUGGUAUUUACUCAAAUCUACAAUUUACUGCCAGUGUGGGAAGUAGAAUUUGAUGUAUGCUGAAGACUGGUAAAUAUCAAACACUCUUCUUCCAGAGUUUUUGCCUGGGUUGGUAGAUGCUAUCGAAGUCCACAUUAUGAAAUCAAAACCCUUUAUGUAAUUCUAAUAAGCUGAGUGACUCUUUAAUGUAUUUAAAUAAUGAAUCCAAGUGAUUAUGAAAAGGUCUCAUUACAAUGAAAUCAAUAGCAAAUAAUUACACUGACUUCAUGUGACAUAUUUCUAGUUUUACUUAUAAUGGAAAUGUUGAUUUUUGUGGCAUUUAGACAAUUUUCUUAAACUAGUAUUAAAUCACCAUUUUACUAAUUAGUUUACUAAAUCCUGUAUUUACAUUUACAUGUAAAAAAAGAUUUAGAAAUUAUUUUGGAGAGAAAAGAGACAAACAGAGUCAAUUUAACAAUCCUGUGACCUGCUCCCUCUAGUUUGAAAGCACACACAAAAAUUCUCUCCCUCCAUGAUCAAAGAUGCCUUGACAAAGGGGUUUAAACCUCUUUCUUCUGCCUUCUCCUGAUCUUCAAACCUCAAAAAGCCAAAUUAAAAACAACUGGCUAGCAAGAGGCAUAACACUAGUUCUUAACAGAAUAUAGUAUAAUGGAACCAAGAAAAAAAAUCACUUUCUAAAUAUUAUAUGCUGAAUUUUGGCUAUUUAAUAAAGAUAUCUAUCCAUACUAUAAGAGCAGUUCCUUCCAGGUGAAGGGAACAACAUAUUACUGAGGAGAACAUUCUACAUGCCUAUACAGCCACACAGCGGUAAUGCAAAGGUGGCGUGGAGGUGAAGGGAUGAAAGGGAAAGGCAACAUUUUGAAAUGUGACCCAAAGAAACAGUAUAGCUUAAGUUAAAAGACAGGCAUGAGUGAGGCAAAGGUUAACUACACAAUCUGCAUCAAACUGGGCAAGGCCCUGGGACCUGCAGCUGAAAAGGGGAGAGAGUGUUAAUAAAAACAUUCCAUAAUUAACAAAUGGUAAUGAUGCCAUACUUUUCAUGCAGAAAAGAGCCACAAGUAUCUCAUUUCUUUGAUUAUGAUUUCUACAAAGAAACUAUGACAUAUUUGGGAUUUAGAUCCAAGCCAUCAUUUCAUAUAGAAUUUUUCCACAGAAGAGGUUUCUUGCAUGUAGUAGCAAAACCCAUUAAAUUAGACUGGCUUAAUUUUAGAAAAAUGAGCAUUUCUACAACUGACAUUGGCUCUAUGUGAAAAAAGGCAUAUAUCCUUAGAGAAAACCACUAUCAUUAAAAAACAAAACAAAACAAAACAAAAAAACCCCAGCUAAUCUUUCCCUUAAUAUGACCAUUAACACAUUAUCCUUCUAUCCAAGGCAUGUUUUCUUCCCAGGAUUGAACUGCAAACAUGCUAAGACUACAGUUUAACCCGUGAGAUUUAACUGUUAUUUUUUUCUUCUUUAAUAUUAAGAGAGGGGUGUCUACCUACAUUUCAAAGAAAACAUCUAUCAGUAAAAACGCAGAUAAGAUCACAAAUUGGGGUAAAAAUGUACUCUCUAUAUUUUUUAGGGUGGGUAGAUUAGUUUGGCAAAGUCUCAGCCCAGCUGUGUUCAGCUGAUCUAGAGCGGUGAGCAUUUCAUUUCUUAUUAAACCAGACCGUGGGCCUGCCUGAGCAGAGACAGAAGCUGAUUUUACGGCAUAGAGCGCAGAUCAUUGCUUCCCUAUGGAGGGGCUGGAUCAGAAGCCCCAUUACAAAUGAGAGCUCCAUGAGCUAAAAUUUACCAACCCAUUUAUCAGGGUAACCAUGGCCAUUUGUGAGGGUAAGCUUUGUCACAACACAACUGUGCCCUGAACACACAGACUCCACUAGCCCUAAAGGAUAGCACUUAAGUAUUUUCCGUCAUUUCAUCCACAACUAACAUUAAUUGAAACUGUGAAGAGAAGGAUGAGAAAUACUGGCUAAAAAUUCCCACAUAAAUAUUAAGGAUUACCUUUAGUAAAACAGACCAUCAACUGACAAAACCCUUAAUGUUUGUAGAAAAGUAAACUGGGAAAGCAAGCAAUUCAGUAAAUUCUGGGAAACAGCAUAGCAAAGCCACUAAGGAAUACUUUCCAGUCGAAAACUACAAAAAUUUUUUGCCCUCCAUUUUUUGGGUAAUGCUCUCAGAGAAAAGUAACAGUGCAGACAGCAUUUUCCUUUUUCAUUUAAAGUGCAAACUUCCCUUUUCAACUGCUUGUAGAAGGCAGGAUUCCAGUGAAUUUUGGCCUAUUUGUGUUUUGGUAUCGGCGCAGCUUUGAAGAUGAGACUGUUAGUCAUAUGUCCUCUCUUUACCAACUGGCUAGGGUGUAAGAGCAUCACAGCUACACUGCAGAUCCUGGUAAUAUGAUGUUAGAGCUUUUGCUUCAUCAGUGUAGUCUUAUCCUCUUCAGUGCCUCCCCCGUCCCUCAGAUCUUUUUUCACUUUCAAGGUUUGAGGAAAAUGACCACUUAAGCAAGAACCAGAAAAAUAAUUAAAUCUCUCUGGAAAAAGAAAAGCUAAGAAGGCCAUGAUACUGUAACCACCUAGUAACCAAGAGCUUCUUUGGAAUCAUUUAUAUUCAUUUCUGUAGCCUGCCAGGGAUUUCAAUCACUUUUCUGAAAUCAGAGUGGGCUGAUAAAUCUGCAAAUCCACACACAACUCAGAGAAUACCCACUGCCAACAUCAAAUAGCAAAGAUACUAAUUUUUUAAGCCAAAAAUCUGCACUAACACAUGUAAUUUCUUAAUGUGCCUAAGUUAAUUUCUAUACCAAUUCAAUGAAUGGAAUCGAUUGAACUUUCCAACUCCACUAAUUAUUAAAAUCCAUCUGCUUAUUCUAAUGCUAGUCACCAAGAGCUAGACUCCAUCUUUCCAAUAAAAAUGAGCCCUCUGUAUCGCUAGGUCCAAAUCCUAAAAUUCAAAACAGGCAUAUCAUUUUCUUAAGGCAUACUUCCUACACAUGCUAUCAGGGCAAAAAGCUGUAAAUGUCUUCUACCUAAAAUGUGGAUAUCUAUAUGAAAUUUUAAAAAGAAUAUUUUGAGAAGCUGACUUACAUGAUCAUUUUCCUAAUAGAGCAAUACAGUGACAGACCUUUCUCAAAGUCUGUUUUGGGACAUGAUCUUCAUAUUUCAUUGGCUUAAGUGCUUCAACCAGAAAAAGAUGAAGAUAAAAAUGAUAAGGUCAUCUAUAGGUAAUUAAAUAUUCCUGUUCUUAAUCUAGGGCAAAAUCACAGUACUUGAAUAAGGCCAAAAACACAAGGAAAAUGACUGUUCAAGCUUUCAUACAAGCUAUUCAUACAAACAUUUGGAAACCUCUGCUACUCCUUCAACUAACAUAUUCUUCCUUGGUAAUCUUUAAAAAAAAAAAAAAAAGAAGUCUGAUAUAUGGAAUGUUUGGUGAACCUUCCUAUCAACACUGAGACUGGACACUAAGAGUAUAGUCCAAACACAUUGUGUUCAAUCACCUUAAGAGCCAUUUUUCUGUUUUGUUUUGUUUUUGCUGGGAGGUGGGCAAUUGGGUUUGGGGGGUGGGUGGGAAGAAAAUACUAUUAUAAUGGGGCCAGGGGGAUAACGAAGUGCAGUGUACAGGAAAGAUUUGUUAUUAAAAUUGUGUAUAAUGUAAAAA